GUACGUAGAGAUGAGACUUUGGUUGAGGAUUUGCAUGGAGUUCGUGUUGCGGACCCAUAUCGUUGGUUAGAAGAUCCAGAUUCAGAGGAAACAAAGGCAUUUGUAGAUGCCCAGAAUGCUAUCACCGAUGAACAUCUAGCUUCUUAUGAAUAUCGAGAAAAGUUUCGCAAAUGUCUGACAGCAAUGUAUGAUUAUGAGAAAUAUGGAUGUCCUUUUAAGAGAGGAGAAUUCUACUAUUACUUUUAUAAUACUGGAUUGCAACCUCAAAGCGUUCUUUAUCAACAAGCAUCAUUGACCGACGAGCCUAAAAUGUUCUUUGAUCCUAAUACUAUAGAAGCUGAUGGAACUGCAGCAUUGUCAACGUGCACUUUCUCAAAAUCGGGCUUAUAUUUUGCUUAUGGUAUUUCGAAAUCGGGAAGUGACUGGGUAACAGUCUAUGUUAAGUUAACAAAUAGCAACGGACAAGGACAUUUGGAUGACCUAGUAGAAUGGGUCAAAUAUUCCGACCUAAGCUUCACUCAUGAUGAUUCUGGAUUCUUUUAUACUAGAUAUCCUAAACCUGAAAAUGCAGAGGAUAAAGGCAGAGAAGUAUAUUAUCAUCGAAUUGGUACUUCUCAAGCCGAUGAUGUUCUUAUACACGAAGAUCCGGAAAAUCCUGAACUCUUCUUUAAUGCCGAAGUAUCAGUAGAUGGUAGAUUUGUAUUGAUGAUUGUGUCAAGGAGUUGCGAACAUGUUAAUAAAAUUUGGAUAGCUGAUUUAGAAAAGUCUGAAGGAAAAGUGAAAGAUAAAUUGGAAUUCGAAAAGGUUGUGGAUAAAUUUGAAGCUGAAUAUGAUUAUUUAACAAAUAAUGGAACAGUAUUUUAUUUUAAGACAAAUCUGAAUUCCCCUAGAUGUAAAGUUGUUAAAUAUGAUUUAGCUAAUCCUGAUGAAGGGUUCACAGAUUUAGUACCUCAACAUUCUGUCGAUGUCUUGACAUCUGCGCUUGUUGUACAUGAAACUAAUCUUGUUACAAUAUACAUGCAUGAUGUCAAAGAACAAAUAUCUAUUCAUGAAUUAACUACUGGAAAAAAGAUUAGAGAUAUUGAUAUUCCAAUUGGAUCAAUUCCUUCUAUAGCUGGUAGGAAAGAAGAUACUGGAUUUUUUUUUAAAUUUACCGGAUUUUUGAAUCCUGGUAUUAUUUAUCAUUAUAACUUCCUCGACAAUUCGAUGAGUGUUUUCAGAACGACAAAAGUUCAAGGACUAAAAACUGAAGAUCUAGAGACAAAACAAGUUUUCAUUGAAAGUAAAGAUUCUACGAAAAUACCUGUAUUUCUGGUUUCCAGAAAGGAUAUUGCACUCGAUGAAGAAAAUCCUACGUUUCUAUAUGGAUACGGAGGUUUUAGUAGCAGUUUAACGCCAGAGUUUAGUUUGACUUGGAUCAACUUUAUACAACAUUAUAAUGGUAUAGUAGCUGUUGCUAAUUUACGUGGUGGACUUGAAUAUGGAGAAGAAUGGCAUUUGGCUGGUAUUUUUGAAAAGAAACAAAAUGUUUUUGAUGAUUUUCAGGCGGUGGCUAAAUGGUUAAUUACUAAUAAAUACACUAGAGCUAAAAAACUAGCAAUAAAUGGUGCUUCUAAUGGUGGCUUGCUAAUUGGUGCAUCUAUCAAUCAGGCACCUGAACUUUUCGGAGCUGCAGUGUCUGAUGUUGGUGUGUUGGAUAUGUUAAGAUUUCAUAAAUUCACUGUUGGUUACGCGUGGAAAAGUGAUUAUGGCGAUCCUGAAAAAAAGGAAGACUUUGAAUAUAUUUACAAGUAUUCACCAUUGCAUAAUAUUCAGUCUGCUAAACCAUAUCCUUCAGUAUUAUUGACAACCUCAGAUCAUGAUGACAGAGUUGUGCCAUUACAUUCUCUUAAAUUUAUUGCCCAAUUGCAAUAUGUUGCCAGAAAUAAUCCUAACCCAUUGAUGAUUAGGAUUGAGAAAAAGGCCGGACAUGGCGCAGGCAAGCCAACACAGAAGUGUAUUGACGAAGAGACUGAUAAAAUCUCGUUUAUUGCUAUGGCUACGGGCGCCAAAUGGAUAGAUUAA